AAGAACUCAUCCCAUCCCCCUUCUUCUAAACUGUCCCCUUUCUCUCUCUCUCUUUAAUCUUUUGGAUUUUUUUUCAUUCUCUCUCUAGAAAUAUGUGUCAGCAAGCAGCAGUUACCACUGCCUCCUCUCAUCCCUGCAUUUGUAAAUGUGUCGAAAAUGAUCAACCCGACAUGUUCGACCCGUUGAUCCCUAAAACCCCGACAACUCAUUCUGACCCGAUAUUACCAAAUUUCCCCAUAACAAUAACAACAACAACCCGACCCGACCCUAUCAAACAAUCCACCACCCUUACUCUCAGGGAAGCCAGGUCCAUUACCCAAAUUGCCCUUCCCAUGGUCAUGACCGGCCUCCUACUCUACUCUAGAUCAAUCAUUUCCAUGAUCUUUCUUGGCCGACUCGGCGACUUAGCCCUAGCCGGAGGUUCUCUAGCCAUUGGGUUCGCCAAUAUCACCGGCUACUCCAUCCUCUCCGGUCUAGCGGUCGGAAUGGAACCCAUUUGCGGUCAAGCAUUUGGUGCCAAGAAACUAUCUCUUCUCGGCAUCUCUCUUCAAAGAACCAUCCUUCUUCUUCUCCUAACUUCAUUCCCAAUCGCGAUUCUAUGGUUUAACGUCAAGGAAAUACUCGUUUUCUUCGGACAAAAUCAUCAAAUAGCGACGGAAGCUCAAUCUUACCUUAUUUACUCUCUCCCGGAUCUACUAGCCCAGUCUCUGCUCCACCCUUUACGAAUUUACCUCAGAACCCAAUCCAUUACUUUCCCAUUAACGUUCUGCGCUUCAUUCGCCACAGUUCUUCACAUACCCAUUAACUAUAUUCUCGUAUUCAAACUCGGGUUGGGGUCAAAAGGAGUUGCUUUAAGCGGGGUCGUGUUCAACUUCAACAUGGUGGGUUCGUUGGUUCUUUAUGUAGUGAUUUCCGGUGUUUAUAAAACGACAUGGGAAGGAUUAUCUAUGGAUUGUUUCCGCGAUUGGAAUUCUCUACUCAAUCUAGCCAUACCCAGCUGCGUUUCCGUUUGUUUGGAAUGGUGGUGGUACGAGAUUAUGAUUAUCCUCUGCGGUUUGUUGGCGAAUCCAGAAGCGACUGUUGCAUCAAUGGGUAUUCUCAUUCAAACAACUUCCUUGAUCUAUAUAUUCCCAUCUUCCUUAAGCUUCAGCGUUUCAACUCGAAUCGGCAACGAAUUGGGCGCCGGAGAGCCGGCGAAGGCGCAAUUAGCGGCCAAAGUGGGUAUCGUUGCCAGCUUUCUGUUGGGUUUUAUGGCACUCUGUUUUGCUUACUCUGUUAGGAAUAUAUGGGCAAGGAUGUUUACAAACGAUGUUGAAAUAAUUUCUCUGACUUCACUUGUUUUGCCGAUUAUUGGUCUAUGUGAGCUUGGAAACUGUCCACAGACGACGGGGUGCGGGGUCUUACGAGGAACGGCGAGACCGAAAGUGGGUGCGAAUAUAAAUUUAGGAUGUUUUUAUUUUGUGGGUAUGCCGGUGGCUGUUGUUCUUGGGUUUUUUGUUGGGUUGGAUUUUAUGGGGAUGUGGUUAGGGUUAUUGGCGGCGCAGAUGUCGUGUGUGGUGACGAUGAUGAUUGUUAUUUCUCGAACGGAUUGGGUGGCGCAGGCGAGAAGAGCCAAGGAACUUACCGGCGGCGACGGCGGCGCUGGUUUUGAUGAGAAUGAGAAGAAACCAAUUAUCAAGGAAGAUGACGAUUGUGAUAAUCCUUCUCUUCUAGAAGCGGGUGAUUUAUUAGUUUAAUUAUAUUAUUAUUAUAUAUUGUCAAAAAAAAAUUAAUCUUAAAUACUGGAUUGUUAUUUGUAUAGGAGACUGAAUAUUAUUAAUUUUGUAACUUUUUUUUUUGUAACAUGGCCAAGCACGGCAAUUUGUUU